UUUCCCAUUCAAACCAUAUCUGGGAAAUUCAAAAUGGCAACUUUGACAGGGUUUCAAAUGCUAACAGAACCAGCCGGUAAUAAUAUGCAUGUUCGUGGGGGAGAACAGCCCGUUUCAACUCCAGGUCCAUUCCGAGCCACUAAAAUGUGGAAUGCUAUAGUUGAUCAUCUUAAGACUGCUGUGGAUAUCCGAACCAGGAAGCACAUGAUGAGGUCAUACGAGGAUUGCUUCCUGGGUUCAGAUGCAGUAGAUGUUAUCUGUGGCUACAUGGAGAGGGAAAAUUCUGAGGUCAAAGAUGUCACAAGAGAGAAAAUAGCAAAGUUAUGUCAGUAUUUCCUAGAUCAGAACAUUAUUGAGGAUGCACAGGCUUGUGGCAAUGUUGGACACAGGAGGGCGGUCUUCAUGGAUAACAACUCACAUUAUUACAGGUUUACAAGUAGAGAGAGCAGUGACGAGUCAACGAGUGAAGAGCAGACGCCAUCAUCACAUAGAGAAUCCAGCGACCUUUCACCUAGUAAUAAAUCAAAGGCAUGCAAGAGGAGAUCAAGUAUAGAUGUUUUGCAGCAGCCGUUCGACAGGAAGAGGAGGAUACGUCAUAGCUUAGGCAAGGGGAAACAAGUCAAGUUUGAUCGCAGGGCAUCCUUAGCAGAAGGGCGCUCCUCUAACAUGAAGGGGAUCCAGAACCCUGCCUUCGAAGGCCCCCAUUCCGACGCCCUCACAACCAUCGUCACGCCAACCCGUCAGCCACUAGCAACCCUCAACCACCGGGACCAAGCUGCGACCCCGGGAUCAAAGAGAUUUGGUAGAGAGAGUAGGAGGGAGAGGAGACUUUCCAAACAAGUGAUCAGUGACAUCUGGAAGGAGGUCAUCAUCCAGAGGAUCUUACAUCUGGUAGAGCUCCCCCAUCUGGAUAAUCUGCUUGCCUGUGCAGCCAGCUACCAUUACGAGUCUGCAGAGCAUGUAGAAAAGUCUAUGCCAAACCUAGAUACACCAGCCAGGAGGAUGUCCAGUAGAAGGACUUGCCAGAGGCCUGAUAUCAAUAAGAUUGACCCUUGGCUCAGAACUGCCAUGCACUGUCUAGACGUCCAUCCAGAGGGCGCUAACGUGAAACGCGACUUCACCUCCAGCCGUCCGCACGCACCGGGGAUGCUGCACGCCCGCAAGCUCCUCCUCUACAAAGCCAUUGUCAAACUGUACACCGAAAGCCGUAAAGAACCGCUCAUAACCCCUCUACUGAUGGAUAUAGUUACAAUGAUUCUUGGUGCGCUCGGAGGCGGGAAGGGAUCCCGGGCCAUUGAACUUACUCAACUAUGCCUCCUUUUGUUGCCGGGGGCAACCCGACUCCGAUUGAGGGCGCUACUAAGGUUCAUGGGGGAAGCUGGGAAGAAGACAUCGGUCAAGCUGACCUACCAGGUCGACAAUCAUACCAACGUCUGUAACACUCUCCAGAGGGCCAUCAUAUCAAGCCCUCUACUGUCAGCCAUCCAAGCCAAGAACCUAGUCUCUUUCUUCCUGGAUGCUCAGAAUAAAAUCUUCAAGAUUCCCGAGGCAGUUCUUCAAGUAGUAACGACGAGGAUAGGGCAAGCUAAACAGGGUGAACAGGACCUUUGUAGAGUGGUCUUCUGCCAGACGGUCACAACUGAACAGUUUGAGGUUCAAAGCUACACCAAUGAAGCCCUCAAGAACCUCAUGAAUAGCAUCAUUGAUGACACCAAGCUGUCGCUGAAGGAGAAGAAACAGAAGCUGAAGCACCUCCAGAAAACCCAUGCAGAGGUCUACAACAGACACUUUGCCGAUAUGCUCUAGUAUAUAUUCCAUGCUAUUCCUGUUAACCAGUUGGAUACCUAGUUUUGUGAUGUCCAUAGGCUUUGUACAGGGAUCACCCGCUUCCAGUAGGCAAUGGGUUAACCUGUAGACUACUGAAUACUCUGAGUCUCAUGGGCUUUGUACGGGGAAAAUCCGGUUUCAGAAGGCAACGUGUUAACCUGUUGAAUACCGAAUUCUGCUAUUCCCAUAGGCUUUGUACAGGGAUCACCCGCUUUCAGUAGGUAACAGGGUAAGAUGAAAUUAUGCCCUUCUGAAAAAGAAAAUCUAUUCAUGUGCACAAAUGCAUAGAGAGCACAGAAACAUUUCUCAGUGACUGGAAUAUGUUUAAUCUUUAUUUUAAGAUUUAUUCCAAACAGAACUACAUUCCUCAGCUAAUAUUUUACUUCUCAUUUCCUUGUUUUUGCUUUUCUUGUUUUUUUUUAUUCUGUGAAAACUGCCAUUCAGCUUAUUUUGAAAUUUUACAUUGGAGGGUUUUUUUUUUUCAUCAUUUUAGUUUCUAUUCAAACAUUCCACUGCCAAAGUUUUAAUUUGGUUACUUCUUACAGGAAAGGAGCAUAAUUGACAAUUUCUUCGAAAGAAUAGCAAUUCCGGGCACAAAUGCAUGCUCUAACUGCGCAUUUUAAUGUCAAGCAAUGAUAAAGUGUUACAAUACUGUAUUAUAAUAGAAUGGAAAUAAUCUGUUGGUAUUUUACAUAUAUAUAUUGUGUAUCAGUGCCUGAUAGAUAGGCAGAUUAUUAUAAAAACCACUGUACGUAAACAUUCCUGAACCCAAACCGCAAUCACUGCCAAAUUAUUGAACAUUCCGGGAGAUAUAUUUGCCCCUGUAACAUAAACCUUAGUGAUCAAUCAUAGGGCUACGAUCGGAUGCAUUGGUGAUUGUGUAUGAUCAAUUGUAAAAUUAGACCCAUUGUGGAAGCGUCGUGGUGUAGCGGUUCUGACUCUCGCCUUGUAAUCAGAGGGUCGUGUGUUCGAAUCCCACCAUGGCCUAGCGUCCUUUGGCAAGGGGUCAAUCCACAAGUUGCCACUCUCCACCCAGGUGUUAAAUGGGUACCCGGUAGGAUGCGAAAGCCUAUGCAGUAUGCCUAGCAAUUGAGUCUUAGAACUCUUGUUGGAAUGCUCCCCAGGGAGUGGAGAAGGUGCAUACAUUGUAUGCGGGCAUGCGAGGAUCCGAUGACCGGGGUAAUAAUAUAUCUGUAAAGCGCUUAGAGACGUCGUUCCGAUGUGUUAAGCGCUAUAUAAAUGCGGAAUAUUAUUAUUAUUAUUAUUGUCAAUCGCUAAGCCUUAUGUGAAAGGGCUCUUGUUUGAAUCCCUUUGUAGUAGGUAUCGGCAGACUCCCCCUUUUCCAUGAAUCCAUGGUGUAUAUUUACCUUUACAUUCUAUAGAAUUUAGUGGUAGAACAGUAGUCAUACAGUUGUUUUCUUCUGUAAAAUAUUAGGGGCAAAGAUUAGAAUGAUUUCUUUAAAUCUGUCCUGAAAUAGAUCCAAAUGUCACUUUGCAGAUGCGCUCAAAGACAUUUUUUAUAUUGUUUUAUUUAACAUUGCAGUCACACCUGUCGAUUAAGGCCACAUAGAUUAAGUGACCACUGGAUUCAGGUGGUCUUUAAAGGUCAAGUCCACCCUAGAAAAAUGUUGAUUAGAAUCAAUAGACAAAUAUCAUACAAGCGUAAUGCUACAAUGUGUUAAUUUCAUCGAAAUCGGAUGUAAAAUAAGAAAGCUAUGACAUUUCAAAGUUUCACUUUGAUAUUUUCAACAAAACAUGUAUAUGCACAACUCAGUGACAUGCAAAUGAGAGAGUCGAUUUCAUGUCCUUCACUCACUAUUUCUUUUGUUUUUUGUUUGAGUUUUAGAAUAUUUCAAUUUUUGCAGAUUGGACACUAAUGACCAACUAAUGACUGAACUAGGAAAUGUUAAAAUAAUGGCAAUUCCACAUGUUCACGAAGGAAUAACUUUGUUUCACAAGACGAUGAAGAGAAAAUGAGAAUAUUUAAUAUUUUAAAAUACACCCAAAAAAAAGUGAUGUCAUUAGCCCUCUCAUUUGCAUUCCGACCAGGAUGUACAUAUAUCAUUGAAAUUAAGUGAAAAAUUGAAAUUUUUUGUAACUCUCUUAUUUUACAUCCGAUUUUGAUGAAAUUUUCAGUGUUAUGCUUGUUGGAUUUUUCUCUUUUUAUUUAAAUAAUUUUUUUUUUUUUGGGGGGGAUGGACUUGCCCUUUAAAGACGGGUAUAUAGCACAUCUGUCUUUCAAGUGGGAGAGAGUUUUGGUGGCCCUUUAAGACAGGUUUUUACUACAGACUGUAUUUUAUUCUGGAUGAGAGCAGUGAUACUGCCAAACUUGGUAUACAUGCUUGAUACAUGCUUGGAGCGUCGUGGCCCAGUGGAUUAGCCUCCGGACUUUGAAACAGAGGGUCGUGGGUUCAAAUCCCAGCCAUGGCGUAAUUUCCUUCAGCAAAGAAUUCAUCCACAGUGUGCUGCACUCGACCCAGGUGAGGUAAAUGGGUACUGGCAGGAAGUAAUUCCUCAAAAAAGCUGUGUGCACCUGAAUAGGUAGCCUAGCUUAGCCGGGCAAUAAUAGCAGGGCCCGCUGGGAGAACAGCUUUCGGAACUGAAGUGGCUACCCUGGGUAAAUAUACCGUUAUUAUUAUUAUAUGUACGAUGUACCAGCUUUCAUGGUGUAUUAACCAACCAUUGAUGUCCCUUUUCAUUCCAUUUCAUAAACUAUUUGUGUAUUUGUGUACUUAACUCCCCCUCGUCUGUGUACAUGCAAAGUAAAGUUAUCUGCGUACACACAGACAAGUGUUAACCCUCAAUCUCCCGGGGUAUUUUGAUUCUUGUCAUUCCGGGGGGGGGGGGGGGGGGGCCAUUAUGGCCCCCCCUUAAGAUCUCGGCCGCUGAUCGCUCGAGCGACGCAAAAAUUUGCACGCUGGUUGUGUGCGAUGUAAUCUACAAGGCUGUAUGGUAACAUUUUCCAAAAUAAUGAGAUUUUAUUUUAUAUGAAUUAAUUAUGCUAAUUUAUGCAUAAAUCAUACUUUUUGCUCUAAUUCACUAAAUAAAGCUCCUAGAAUGCUAAUUUUUGGUUAAAAUAUUCUUUGUAGCAUUCUUAACAAUCGC